UACUCUGUAGCCUUUCCCUGAAAAUUGAAGCUAGUUGCUGUAUCACAAGAAUACACUGUUCCCGGCUCUGCUGUUCUGGUUUAUGUUUCCAUAGUGUUGGUGCAGGAUAUAUAUCAAUUAUUGGUUUACUCAGUUUAUAACUUGCUCAAAUGGCCAAUAAUAUAUUGGCGUGGAAGAAAGAGAAAAACAGAACCUAUUAUAGAACAGAGUCUGAGCCCAGAUCUAAAGGAAUAGUAAUCUUGAACAAUUUCUCCAUCUACUCUAUAAAAAUUGCAAAAUGAAAACAAAGUUUCUGGAUUGGUACUUGAAGAUUGCUGUUGGGUCAGCACUUGUUGGAGGUUCCAUGGAGUUGUUCAUGAUUAAGACUGGCUUCUAUGACAAAGUGACCGUUCUGGAGUCAGAGAAGCGGGCUUGGGAAAGUUCCUCGGAGGCUCAGGUGAUUAGAGAAGCUCUUAAUCCUUGGAGAAAUCAUGACGCAGAAGCAAGAAAAGAUUCCUAAUUCUUUUUGUGCUGGAUGUUUGAGUUCCAUGAGGGAGAAAUCUUAGUGUGCUUCACAACAGUUGCUAAAAGUAGUUCUUCACAUCCAUGGGCCAUACGUGUUGGCAAAUUAAGAAUUCUCUGGUGAGAGAGGUUAUUUCUGAUCUCUACAAUUUGUUUCUAUCCUUUAUAUUAUUGCAUUUGACUUGUUCUUGUAUCGCUGCGAAGUUGCCUGAGAUACAGGCUUAAGGGGUGUUAACGAAAUCCUGUGAUGUAAAACUCUUAGCAUUAAUAAGGCUACAUACGAUAUUGAUAGAGUUCGAAAGUCAGAAGAAGAGUUUGUGACUCUUAUAAUAUGAGAUUCUUCGUGAAAUUUGAUUGUUCGAGUUUGAA